AUUUAGAUUUCCACAUGUCACAUCCUUCUUAUCAGCAUAUGUCACCUCCUCGAAAGUCUUUGCUCUUCUGUGCCUUCCCUUCCCCCACCGGAGCCUCAACUUCCCCUACUCCCUGUAAAGAUCCUUUUUCUUUUUCUUUGUUGUCUCUUUCUCUCCAUAAUCUAUGCUUAAAACUCUGCUUCUCUUUUCUUCUUCUUCUUCACCUCCUCCUGCUUUCUUUUUUCGCCAUAACAGAUUCUCUUCAUUACCAAGAAAAUUCCCAUAUCCCUACACUCACUUUCCUUCACUUUCUUGGCCUUUCUCGAGCGUUUUCCCUCGACCCAUUCACUCCUUCAAGGUCCUUGCCAUGGCUGAAGGGACCACGACUUCAAGUUCACACUCACAUAAGUACACUAAUCGUCUCGCAGCUGAGCAUAGUCCUUAUCUUCUUCAACAUGCUCAUAACCCUGUUGAUUGGUAUCCUUGGAGCGAAGAAGCUUUCGCAGAAGCAAGAAAAAAAGACGUGCCAAUUUUCUUAUCGAUUGGAUACAGUACUUGCCACUGGUGUCAUGUUAUGGAGGUCGAGUCUUUUGAAAAUGAAGAGGUAGCAAAGUUGUUGAACGAUUGGUUUGUGAGUAUUAAGGUGGAUCGAGAAGAUAGACCAGAUGUUGACAAGGUCUACAUGACAUAUGUGCAGGCCCUGUAUGGUGGUGGAGGUUGGCCAUUGUCCGUCUUCCUUUCACCUGAUUUAAAACCCUUAAUGGGUGGAACUUACUUUCCUCCUGAGGAUAAGUAUGGAAGACCUGGAUUUAUGACCAUUUUAAGAAAGGUGAAGGAUGCUUGGGAUAAUAAAAGAGACACGCUUGUUAAGAGUGGAGCCUUUGCUAUUGAACAGCUAUCAGAAGCAUUGUCAACUAGCGCAGGUUCAAAUCAAUUGCCAGAUGGGCUUCCUCAAAAUGCACUACGCUUAUGUGCCGAGCAGCUGUCUAGAAGCUAUGAUUCAAGGCUUGGAGGGUUUGGAUCUGCUCCUAAGUUUCCUAGACCAGUUGAGAUUCAAUUGAUGCUCUACCAUUCCAAAAAAUUACAGGAAAAUGGAAAACCAGGAGGUGCAAAAGAAAGUCAGAAAAUGGUUUUCUUUAGCUUAGAAUGUAUGGCAAGAGGGGGUAUUCACGACCACGUUGGAGGUGGUUUUCACAGAUAUAGUGUGGAUGAAUUCUGGCAUGUUCCUCAUUUUGAGAAAAUGCUGUAUGACCAAGGGCAACUUGUCAAUGUUUACUUGGAUGCUUUUUCCAUCACUAAAGAUGUAUUCUAUUCAUUUGUCUCCCGUGAUAUCCUUGAUUAUUUGAGGAGGGAUAUGAUUGGUUCAGAAGGUGAAAUUUUUUCAGCAGAGGAUGCUGAUAGUGCUGAAUUUGAAGGUGCAACCUGGAAAAAGGAGGGAGCCUUCUACAUAUGGACAAGCAAAGAGAUUGAUGACAUUCUUGGAGAGCAUGCUAGUCUUUUUAAGGAACACUACUACGUAAAGCCCUCAGGAAACUGUGAUCUUUCUAGAAUGAGUGACCCACACAAUGAAUUCAAGGGGAAGAAUGUGCUCAUUGAAAGGAAUGAUUCUUCAGCACUGGCAUCAAAACUUGACAUGCCAAUCCAGGAGUAUCUUGAUAUUCUAGGUGAAAGCAGAAAGAAGCUUUUUGAUGUAAGGUCAAAGCGACCCAGGCCACAUUUGGAUGAUAAGGUGAUUGUAUCAUGGAAUGGACUUGCAAUUUCAGCUUUUGCGAGAGCAUCUAAAAUCCUCAAGGGUGAAUCACGGGGCAUGUGUGUCAACUUUCCUAUAGUUGGCUGUGAUCCUAAGGAAUACUUGGAAGUUGCAGAGAAGGCAGCAAAUUUUAUUAGAAGACAUCUGUACAAUGAGCAAACACACAGGCUUCAGCAUAGCUUUAGGAAUGGCCCAUCCAAGGCACCUGGGUUUUUAGAUGAUUAUGCUUUCUUAAUUUCAGGGUUGCUGGAUCUUUAUGAGUGUGGUGGUAGUACUGAUUGGCUAGUUUGGGCAACUGAACUGCAGGAUAUGCAGGAUGAAUUAUUCCUUGAUAGAGAAGGUGGAGCCUAUUUUAACACACCAGGAGAAGACCCUUCAGUUCUUCUCCGUGUAAAGGAAGAUCAUGAUGGAGCAGAACCAUCAGGAAACUCAGUCUCUGCAAUCAAUCUCGUGAGAUUGGCCUCCAUGGUUUCUGGCAGUAAAUCUGAUCGUUACCGGGAGAACGCAGGGCAUCUUCUGGCUGUUUUUGAGACAAGAUUGAAAGAUAUGGCAAUGGCAGUGCCGCUGAUGUGUUGUGCAGCCGAUAUGCUGUGUGUUCCUUCCAGGAAGCAGGCUGUAUUGGUUGGCCAUAAGUCUUCAGUAGAGUUUGAAAACAUGCUUGCUGCUGCUCAUGCCUCAUAUGAUCCCAACAAAACAGUAAUUCCCAUAGAUCCAACCAACACAGGAGAGAUGGAAUUUUGGGAAGCGAAUAAUAGCAAGGUUGCCCUCAUGGCAAGGCAAAACUUUGCUGCUGACAAGAUGGUUGCACUUGUAUGCCAAAAUUUCACCUGCAGCCUCCCAGUAACCAGCCCUAAAUCCCUAGAAGAUCUGCUCUCGAAGAAGACUCCCUCGGUUGUAUGAGCCAAUCGGAAGUUGGUCUGAAAGCUUCUGUCUUAAUACUGUGAUCAAAACUUGCAAGAUACAGAAUGGCAGGUUCACUUGUAGUACACCGCCUCGAGUGAAUGAAUAAUUGUGACAGAAGAAACGGUUUCAUAGGAUACUUUUUUCAUAGUAAUAUUACUUUCUGUUUUCUGCUUCUCUCUUUUGUAGGAAGAACUUUCUGCAUAAAGUCUCGUCUGUGCCAAUGUUUUAGACCUUUUAGGAAUUCCGUACUGUAGUCUAGUUAAGAAAAAUAAAAUAAAAUACAUGUACUUUGUCAACUUUUGAUCGUAAUUAUAUUUGAAAUUAUUAAUUUUCAAAAUAAAUAUUUCAUAUUAAAUGUA